AGUGUCUCCUGAUGUAAGUGAUGGUAUUAGGAGCUGGUGGUAAGAAUGACAAGAACGCUAAAGGAGGAGGAAAGCCUGGUGGGGUCGGAGCCGGCAAGGGGGCGGCCGGCAAGCAGCCGGGGAAACCUGGCGGUAUAGGUGCCAAGUCUGGGGGAAUGGGUUCUAAAUCAGGUGGAGGAAUGGGCUCUAAGCCCGGAGGAGGGUUCGGGAAACAGUCUUCAUCCUCCUCAAAACCAGGAGGAGGUCUUGGUGGAAACAAGUCAUCAGGAGGACUAGGAUCUAAACCAGGCGGAGCAGCAAAGCCUGGAGGCUUCGGUGCCAAGUCAUCAUCCGCAGCAAAACCAGGUGGAUUUGGUGCUAAAACUCCUGUAAAACCUGGGUCUGCUGCUAAACCUGGUGGCCUUGGCGGUGCAAAACCUGGGGCUAUGGGUGGAGCCAAGCCUGGAGGCAUUGGAGCUGCAAAACCUGGUGGCCUUGGAGCAAAACCUGGGGCUUCAGGAUCAAAGCCAGGUGGCAUGGGUGCAGCGAAACCCGGUGGGAUCGGUGCAGCGAAACCCGGUGGAAUGGGUGCAGCAAAGCCUGGUGGAAUGGGUGCAGCAAAACCUGGUGCAAUGGGUGCAGCAAAACCUGGAGGAAUGGGUGCUGCAAAACCAGGCGCUGCUGGUGCCAAGCCAGGAGCAAUGGGAGCGAAACCAGGGGCAAUGGGAGCGAAACCGGGAGCGAUGGGAGCGAAACCGGGAUUAGCGGGCGCUUCAAAACCUGGACUUGGUGCGAAAGCUGGUUCUAGUAGUGGGAUUGGUGCCAAAGCUGGCUCAUCAGCAAGCAAACUUGGAGGCGGAGUAGGAAAAUCAGGUGGUCUCGGGGGAGCUGCUAAAACUGGCGGUAUCGGCGCAGCGGGUAAAGCUGGAGGUCUUGGAGCGGGGGCUAAAGCAGUUGGAGCUGCUUCUGUUCAGAGUACUGUAAGAACUGCAGUGGCUCUGAAAACAGCACACGAUGUUACGAGGGGGAUGGCUCCGAACAAAAACAACGGUAGUGGAGGUGGAGGGUUUGGAGGACGAGGUGGUGGUUCACACGAGAGAGACGAGAGAAUGAUGAGAAAUGCGAGUCAGAACUCUGGUGGUAAUAACGAUAUGCCCGGGGGCACCUCUAGAAACAUUGCACUCUCUCAGAUGGACCGAUUAGAUCUCACAAAGAUGACUCCUAGAGAGCUGAUGAUGUUAGAACGUCAAUACGGAUCAGGCUGGCUGAAAACACUUGCUCCAACUCAGUUUAAUAGGAUCCAGAAUACGGUUGGCGGAGCAGCGCUCACGAGCAACACACCGACAGCACUUAGCUCCCACAUGGACCCUCGCUUACUACAGGCUGCAUCAGGUAUCCAAGGUGCUGGUUUGAUGGGAGCCCAGAUGUCCCAGAUGUCAGGUGCAGACUCUGAUAUACCAAUGGACGGAGAACAGACCCCCAACUCUGCUGAUCCGACCAGAUUUGACGCGGGUGUACUAGCUACACACCCGGAGCAGAUUGGAGAAGGGGGACAGGAAGGUGAGAUGUACGACGAGGAGCGAAUACCUUCAGAUCCCAUAAGGGUGAAACUCAUCGAUGCUCCGGCUGAUCAAGUGGAUGGGAAACCUGUUGCCCAGCAACCAGCCCACCCACCCACUCUCCUUCUUCCUCCGCAAGCUUCCAGCGCCCCACCUCCAGAGGAUCUGUCGUCGGUCCCGCCUUCUCCUGGCCCAAUGUCUCCUGCAAUGGCGCCCCAACUCAGUGUUCAUCCUCAGCAAGUGCCUCAACUUGGGGGCCCUCCCCCACAAGACCCCCAGUUCGGAGGACCUCCUUCUCAACAGAUGAGUGCACCUGCGUACAGUUACGAGAGUUACGACUCUUCUCCCUACGGUGAGACAGCAUCUCCCUGCGGAGAGAACCUGUAUAACCAACAGCCAGGUUACGACCCUCUACAAGAACAGUACCACAUGAACGCUCCACUCAUAGAUCAAGGAAACCCUGAACACAUGUUCUAUCAGCAACAAUUCCCCAACAAUUAUCCACAGAACCACAAAAGUUAUUACCAUAUGCAGAACCCAGAGAGAUACAACUUCACUAAAGCAGUGCAGAACUAUGACAGAGAGGCCCAGAACGACGGAAUGUAUUGUUACAGCUGUGUUAUGUUUUUUGGAGUGUUGAUGAUAGGAGUUGGAAUAAUAAUGAUCAUAGUAGAGUUAUUCGACCUGUUCGGACGUCACAAAAACAUGCCACUAGCUAUAGCUGGGGGUGGUACACUAGCGCUCGGCAUCAUUAUCUUAGCUUCUGCUAUGUUAUUGUGGAGACGGCGGCGGUCCAACAUCAAGAAGAAAGCAGCCCACGUGUAAGACACCAUACAGCACGUGCUUGUGAAGGAGACAACAUUCUGCACGUGUAGUGAAUUAGGUGAAAAAUAAACGGAUUGACAGCCUGAAGCUCAAAGUUGGAGAAAGUGGAGUAAAACAACUGAUCAUGACCUCUGAUACCUGAUAUUACUGAGGUGGAAAUAUUUUCAAUGCAGUCAGCUAUAACCCACUUUUACCAGAAGUAUUGAAAAAAAUCAUUUUAUUUGUUGAGAUUUUGCAAGCGAGAUUGAUCAUUGAACGUGCCUAGGAAUUCAGGACUACUAACUGUUUUAAUCGUUACUGGCUAGCGAUUACGAAGAGAUCUCUCUCCCUUUACGAACUAUGAAAAUCUAUAAGCAGAGUUGCACUUCUUUUUAUUACUUUUACCUGCGGACUGGGAAUUAUAUUUGUUAAUCAGGAGUAAUAUUCCUCUUGA